GGGUGCGUCCACGUGUGUUCAUUGAUCAGUGUAUCCAUACAAAUCGAUCAAUUCUUCAGUAUGAUGGAAACAACUUAUGAUGUAAUUUUUCAUAGAAAUAAAACUACUAUAAUUUUUAUGAAAUCUUACUUCGGUGCAGUUAUUCGUGACACGGAUUCGUGCUGCACAAACAAGGGAAUAUCGCAAAUUUUGCACAAAUGUUCAUUGGUCUAAUUCAGUUAUUUUGCUGAAGGCAUGUAAAUUAGCAGGAAAAAUGCUUGGAAAAUAUAUUUCUCUUAAUCGGAAAGUUUUUAUAACUAAAUUCAAAUGUAGUUUAAUCCUUGCGUUAAUAUUUUGUAGCGUACCCUUUUUGUUUUAUCGCUUAGAAAAGUAAGAAUUUAGAUCUGGUGACUACGGUGUUAUGACUUUACAGACGGUAUAUAUAGCAGUUAAAGGUUAGACAAAAUGGCGUCGGAGUACUUGUGAACUCGCCUUCAUGCAUAGUUGAAUAUAAACUUCUUCGAUCUCCGUCUGUCAGAGACAUGUUUGUGGAAAAAUCUUGUUUGUAUCAACAUACACGUGUACUCGAAGAGUCCAAUAUUUACGUUUUUAUUUAAAAAAUGAGUGACGUGUAACCAAAGAAUAAGUAAGAAAAGAAGACAGUCGUCAUGUUUCCGUUGCGACAGAUAUUCCGACUUGGCACGCGACUGACUCUUACGAGAGAGCCUUCCAACUUGCAUCAGUUCUCGUUGAUUGCACAAAAAGAAUUCAAUAAUGGUCAGGAAAAAAUGUUCGUUCGUACGAAAACGAAUCUCUGUGAAUCACCGCAAGAGGACAAAAAAGAACUUGUCGAGAAACAGGUGCUUGGCAAGGUCGUAGCAAAACUGAAAUUGAUGUUCACGUGUAAACGUUGCAAUUUUAGAAAUAGUAAAACCAUAUCGAAAGUAGCUUACGAAAAAGGAGUAGUUAUAAUACGAUGCGAUGGUUGUAAAAAUAAUCAUUUAAUCGCGGAUAAUCUUGGAUGGUUCGCGGAGAUGCAGAAGGUUAGGAACAUCGAGAAACUUUUGGCGGCAAAAGGCGAGACUGUUCGAAAGAUACAGAACGAUGUUGACGGAUAUCUCGAGGUAGUUGCCAAAGAGGAAUUUUAUACUUUACAGCAUAAUAUGAACAGAGAACGUUUAAUCGAAGAGCAAAAGAACGAGAUAAGUAUUUCGAAUAAAAAACCUGAAACUUCGGAGGAUACGUAGGAAAGAAAAUAUUUGAACAAAUAUAAAUAGUUUUGAAUUUAUUGUAUACCACUUAUGGUCUCAUUACGUACAACUUACAAGUAUAUGCGUAAAAAAUAAUAUCGG